AUGGUGCUCCGCGCGGUCGCUGGGUACGUUUUCCAGAAAGCGUUUGAGAAUGGGGAGUUUGCCGGGGUUGGGGAGGGCCUUGGAGCUUUGGAAAGGAGCAUGGGGAGGAUUACUUCAGAGACUGAGUUCAACAAGUGGCGUUCCCAAACAUUCCUCAUCCUCUCGAAGGCCUCCACUACGGAAUCCAAAGCACAGGUCGUCGCGACUAUCUCCCGACGCAUAGACAGCCUGUUAUCCCCCUUCUCCACAACUGCGAACCAGACCGAGCGCCUACAUUUCCUUUCCCGCAUCGUAGAGUCCGCCGCCAUCCUCUCCCUGGACCUUGGCUGCCAACUCGCCAAAUUUAAGGUGCUGUCGGAGCCCGCCGAGACUCCAUUCCAUUGCGCUCAUAUGGAGGACGUGUACCAGGAACAUGAGACGCGGGUCGACCCGCAAACCGGGAAGUUGGCCAAUGUACUGGAUGGGAGGGUUAUCCAGGCGGUGGUGUUCCCGUGCGUGAUAAAGUGGGGAAACGAGCGGGGGGAGAAUUAUGAUGAGAUGAAGGUGCUUUUGAAGGCUACAGUUUUGACUUGAGUUUGGUGAAUUAUAUAAUAUAGUGAAGGGUUGGUUUUUAAUGAUUCAAGAUGUAUUUAUUGAUUUAGCUUUAUGACGGUUAUCUGAUCCCUACUACAUUGGGUUUACGGAAUGAGUAUCAUACGGGCAAUCAACUUUUUUCUUCGUUUCCA